AUAAUGAAUCUGAGCCUUAGACAGAGGAAAUCGCACCCACUAAUGUGAACUAACACGACCAAAGUAGGCGCAUAAUAGACAAGACUAGGAGCUGCUAACCACUUCUACACAAUGGCAUUAAUAAGAUUAACCUGGGCAAUUAGCCGGUGCAGCAGAGAUCAAGCCUAAAUCUGGGGCCUUUCUAAAAAGCCCACUAAUGGAAAGGAUUACGUUAAUUUCAUUAAUUCUCAAUACACAGACUCGGGCUGCUUUCACUCCUUUGUGUAACCCCCACCUCUUCCCCACCAAAAAAGGGGAGAAAAAAAAAUCAAAUCUGGUUUUGUUUGUCAUCUGCAUAUUACCAGGAACUAAAUCCAGGAUGACGUCGCCUGGGUAUAAAAAAGGGAAGAGGUUCAGAUGGAUUAUACUCCGAGUAGCCCUCUGGGUUGAGAUCAGUAAACAGGCGAGAGUUGAGGGGGGAAAGUUCCAGGGGUGGAUCCUGCGCACACGCACACACACCGCACACGCGCGCACAGACACACACGCACACUCUGCCCGCAAGCUGCCCUCGGAAAAGGCACUUUUCUUUUCGCUCCGAUCCCUUUUUAAAAUUUAUCCGAAAAGUUUCGAUUUCGUGUCCUUCCAGCCUCUUCCCCCCCCCUCCCCGGCCACCACCUACCCUCCCUCCCGCCCUCCUCCCUCCCUCCCCCGGCCGGUCCCCGCCGCCCUGCCCCGCACGGUUUGGGGCAUGCCUGUGAGCAUGUUCAGCAUCGACAAUAUCCUGGCGGCCAGACCUCGCUGCAAGGACUCGGUGCUGCUGCCCCCGAGCGCCGCGCCCGUCGUCUUCCCCAGCCUCCACGGGGACUCGCUCUACGGCAGCGCCUCCGACUACGGCGGAUUUUACUCCCGGGCGGUGGCUCCCGCCUCCGCGCUGCCGCCGGCCGUCACUGGAUCUCGGCUCGGCUACAACAACUACUACUACGGGCAGCUGCAUGUGCCGGCGUCCCCCGUGGGCCCUUCGUGCUGCGGGGCCGUGCCGCCCCUGGGCGCGCAGCAGUGCUCCUGCGUCCCCCCCGCAGGUUACGAGGGCACUGGGUCAGUCCUGAUGUCCCCUGUUCCCCAUCAGAUGUUGCCCUACAUGAACGUGGGCACUUUGUCCCGGACGGAGCUGCAGUUACUGAACCAGCUGCACUGCAGGAGAAAAAGACGGCACCGGACAAUCUUCACUGACGAGCAGCUGGAAGCGCUGGAAAACCUCUUCCAGGAAACGAAAUACCCAGACGUGGGCACGAGGGAACAGCUGGCCAGAAGGGUGCACUUAAGAGAGGAAAAAGUGGAGGUUUGGUUCAAAAACCGCCGGGCGAAGUGGCGGAGGCAAAAGCGAUCGUCUUCGGAGGAAUCAGAAAACGCACAGAAGUGGAAUAAAGCGUCUAAAACGUCACCGGAGAAGAGACAAGAGGACGGGAAAAGUGACUUGGACUCUGACAGCUGAUACUUCUAAGUGGGGGGGACAUUUCCCGUGGACUGUCGGAUACGCUCCAGAGGAUGCUACUAAUCUUGCACAAGAUCUGCCUUGUUGGAGGGGGAAAAUAUCUGUAUAUAAUGUACAAUGCCCCGAGCUAAUUCCGUGUAAAUAAAAUGUGUUGCGGAGGUGUUGCACAGG